AUGUUCAACAAAGCGUUUCUCAUGUCCAUGGAUGACGGUCAAGAAGUUGUAGCCAAGAUUCCCAACCCGACUGCUGGCCUUCUGCACUUUACUACUGCUAGUGAAGUCGCCACGAUGGAUUUUCGCCUCGGGUACUCGCGAGCCAACUCGCACCCUGUUGGCGCGGAGUUUAUCAUCAUGGAAAAAGUUAGAGGCGUUCCUCUCUCCCAAGUCUGGAGCACGAUGAAAUUACCACGGAAGCUCCAAGUGCUUCUUGCUAUGGCACGUCUCCAGAAGCAAUGGCUGAGCGUUUCCUUCUUGUACUACGGCAGCCUGUAUUAUACGGAAGACAUGCAGCCACCAGCAGGCAACCACUUUGUCAAGGAUGGUCAGGCUGUGAGGGAUUCUGGGCUUGCCAUUGCCCGGCUACAGGCCGGGACUGGAGCUUCUCUAACGCAGUAUCUGCAAGCAGUCGGUACACGAGAGAUGAAGGCAAUCCAGUCUCUGGAACCCCUAAAAACAAUUGUUCUAUUCUGCGGCCCAAAGCUAUACCGACCAGACACGGAAAAGAAGAUUACUGCUUUAGCAUGGUACCAACAAAUCGUUGAUACUCUUAUCCCCAAAGAUACAGCCAUCACCAGACCCUGCCCCUGGCAUAAUGAUUUGCACGAUGACAACGUCUUCGUAGACCCGCACAAUCCCGGAGAGAUUACGGGCAUCAUCGACUGGCACCCUUGUCACAUCUCGCGCCUCUUCAACCACAAUCCCGAUCCCGGCUUCCUCGACUGGGAUGGCCUCAAGCCCGAAACGCUGGACCUGGCACCCCGGCCAGACUUCUCCGGGCUUUCGCCCGAAGAACGAUCAGCUGCUGUCCAGGAGUACGCCAUCCAAAACGUGUUCAUCCGAUGGCGGAAACUCAUGCAUACCAAAAACCCCGACUUAUACCGGGUAGUCGAAUUUACACGGACGGCAGCGUACGGGCUGAUAUUUCUGACCCACCGAAUGUUCGAGUACGGCGAGGCGCUCUUCCAGUCGCUUCUAGUGGAUCUCCAAGAUACGUGGACGGACCUACCUGCCGUUGGUGACGCCAAUACCCCAUUCCCGUUCGACUUUUUGGAGGCAGACAUCGAGCGGAUCAAGAUGGAUAGCAAUAGUGCGGUGGCAGAGACCAAGCUUGUGACGGAAGUUAAGGAGAGUACGGGUGAUCUCUGGCCGGACAAGGGCUUCAUCGAGCACGAGCGAUACGAUGAUUGCAAAGCUGCCCUCGACGAAGUCAAAGGCUUGAUCCUGGAGCAGUUGGCUGAGACUGACGAGGAGAAGGCUGAGUAUGAGCGCUAUUGGCCGUUUGAAUGA